GAGAGAGAGAGAGAGAGGACUGCCUCCUCCUCCUCUAAACACAUCCAGACUUUCCUUCACUCCUCUCAGCUCAGUGUGCUCUCCUUCUCCUGUAGGAAGGAGCUCUGCAAAUGUGACACACCAGGAUGGAGGAGAUCAGCUGUGAGCCCUCUGCAGCAGCAGCUGGUUGGAGUGUGGUUGGAGAAAAGGACUGAACACACUUGAACAACCAACAUGUUCAUCUUGUGGGUCCCGGUGACUUUAUCCCUAUUCCUCAGCUUCAUCAUCUCUCAGACGUGGAGCGUUCAAAUGUCGUGGGAGAACCGAGGAGGCAACGACUUCUUUGAUAACAAACCGAUCAGCAGCUCUCAGCCGCACAUCGUGUUCAUCCUGGUGGACGAUCAAGGUUUCCGGGAUGUCGGGUAUCACGGAUCCGAGAUCAAAACCCCGACUCUGGACCGGCUGGCUGCUCAGGGAGUCAAACUGGAGAACUACUAUGUGCAGCCUCUCUGCAGCCCCUCCAGGAGCCAGCUCAUGACCGGCAGGUAUCAGAUCCACACUGGCCUUCAACACUCCAUCAUCCGAGCUACCCAGCCCAACUGCCUGCCCUUGGAAAAUGUCACCCUGCCCCAGAAGCUCAAGCAAGCGGGCUACUCCACCCACAUGGUGGGCAAGUGGCACCUGGGCUUCUACAAGCGCGGCUGCAUGCCCACCCAGCGUGGCUUCGACACUUUCUUCGGCUCCCUGCUGGGAAGCGGGGACUACUACAGCCACUACAAAUGUGAAGGGCCCGGUAUGUGUGGCUAUGAUUUGUAUGAAGGGGAAGAGGCAGCUUGGGAACAGGACCGCGGCAUGUACUCGACCGUGAUGUUUACUCGAAAGGCUAUCAGCAUCUUAGCCAACCACGACCCUCGCAGACAACCCUUGUUCCUCUACUUAGCCUAUCAGGCGGUUCAUUCCCCGCUGCAGGUUCCUGCCCGCUACCUCGAGCGCUACAAGGGCAUUCCGAACUUGCAUCGUCGCAAAUAUGCCGCCAUGGUGUCCUGCCUUGACGAAGCCAUCCACAACCUCACGGUAGCGCUGAAACGCUACGGUUAUUAUGACAACACAGUUAUAGUGUACUCCUCAGAUAACGGAGGCCAGCCGUUAGCAGGUGGAAGCAACUGGCCCUUGAGGGGGAGUAAAGCCACCUACUGGGAAGGGGGGAUCCGGGCGGUGGGCUUUGUUCACAGUCCCCUGUUGCUAAACAAAGGGACAAAAUGUCGAUCUUUGGUCCACAUCACUGACUGGUUCCCUACACUGGUGACCCUGGGUGAAGGGACUUUAGAUGAAGAUCUAAAUCUGGACGGGUAUGAUGUCUGGGAGGCGAUCAGUGAAGGUCGCCGAUCUCCUCGCCAGGACAUUCUUCACAACAUUGACCCAAUCUACGUUAAAGCCAAGAAUGGUUCGUGGAAGGCCGGGUAUGGCUUAUGGAACACCGCCAUCCGUGCUGCGCUCCGGGUGGGCCACUGGAAGCUCCUUACCGGUGUCCCCGGCUACAGUGACUGGGUGCCCCCGCAGACCUUCUCCAACCAGCGGCUAACCAAUCGCUGGCACAAUGAGCGUGUCCGUUGGGACCGGGGCAAGUCCAUCUGGCUGUUCAACAUCACAGCCGACCCUUACGAGAGAGUGGACUUGUCCCAGCGCUACCCUCACAUAGUGAAGAAGAUGCUUAUACGGCUUGCGCAGUACAACAAAACCGCUGUGCCGGUGCGCUACCCGGCUAAAGACCUGCGCUCUAACCCUCAGUACAAUGGGGGCGUGUGGGGACCUUGGUACAAAGACACGAGGGAGGAGCAAGAGGAGGAUGAGAGAUACAAUAACUUGUUCACCAACCAUCUUGGGAAAAAAAGGUGGAAUAAGAAAUCAAAGAACAGAAAGUUGAAAAGGAAGGUAGAAGAGUAGCAUACCCCAUUUGUGAAAGACUUCAGUUGCCUUUUCUCAGGGAUAGACACUUCCUGUUUCAGGAUUGUCCUCUUCAGACGUUCUGACUCCAGUUAGUUUUUGACUUGACUCCACUAGAUACUGUAUGAAAAAACAAUGUGGAUGAACCUUUUGAAAUGCCUCAAGAGAAUAAGAAAAAAAGAUCCUCUCAUUCAAACACUGUUGUCGUGCCCAGACACAACUAAAGACCUCAUUGUUAAUGUUAGGGGCAUUUAAAGAAUGUUAUCUAGAUUGUGUUGCAUGCUUGAACUGUUGUCACCUUUUGGAUUGUUCUGUGGAUUCAUGUUUCACUUAGAGUAGAAAAUAAAUCUUUCCUAGACAAUUGCCAUAAAUUUUGGUGACAGAAAUAAAGUAAGACAUAGUUCUAUUAUGUUGUUGAUUGCAACGACACAGUAUGGUGGAUGUAGGAUUUAUGUCAAUGUGUGAGUUGAUGUACGUUGGUUUUAUAAGCACAGUCUGUCUUUUAGAAUAAUAGAUUUUGUUCCCUCUUUUUUAGAUGAUGUCUGGUCUGGCACCAGGCCAACCCGAAUGUAAGACAAGCUAACAAAAUAAAAGCCCCCAGACACAAA